AUGGCACCGCGUGGUUCAACAAAUCCCGCUCCUAGGACCGAAUCAGCGCGGUCUGCGCUCAGCUCCUUCACCUGCACCCUCUGCAACAAAUCCUACUCGCGUCAUCCAGAAUAUGAAGCGCAUAUCGGGUCAUAUGACCAUCAACAUAGAAAGCGCUUGCAAGAUCUCAAACAGUUGACACGUGAUCCAAAUGCUGUCGAGAAGAACCGCCGGGCAGAACGUAAAGCCGAUGCACAGGCCGGUCUGAAAGUCAUCGAGACCCCCGGACACAAUGUCGCACCAAGUGGUAAAAGCGCGGGUUUCAAGAAGGGAGGUUUCAAAAGCUCAUUCGCUGCUGUCAAGGGAACGGUGGUCACUUCAGCCCCAGUCAAGAAGAACGUUCUCGGAGAUGACGAGGAAGACAAUAGCCCAAAACCUCAAAAUGAUGAUUCAUCAGAGGUAGGAAGGCCCGGAAAGGCUGAAUCUGUGGAUAUGGAAAGUGAUACCGACGAGGAAUAUGGCCCAGAAGGACAAUAUGAUCCUCACCGGCCAACGGACUGCUUCGCUGGGUGUGCUGCCCAGGAGGUCUGA